UAGUUUUGUCCGCAACAAACAAGCACACCACCUCAGAGAACGUAAGAGAUCAUCAAAAUAUUGGAAAUGGCGUGACUGAGCACAGGGAGAGAGAAAGAAAGACUCUUUUGGAGCGACAAAUAGCAGAGCCAUUGGAGUUUCCUCAGACUGGGUUGGCAUAAUCGCCUCUCCUUUCUCUUUCUUUCUUCGAGAUUGACAUAAAACCUGAAAUUUGUCUCUCUCUGUCUCUGCUGUAACCGUCGAUAUAUUGUUUUAUAUUUAAAUCUCAUGGGUUCUAUAUACUCUUCUCUUCGCAUCCCUUAAAAUUGUGUAUACAAGCUGAAACAUCCUUUCUUGCACACCCCGUGUACUUCGUCUUCUCCAUCAGUAUUAUUAAUUGAUUUUUCAGUGGGGAUUGGGAGUUUUGGUGUUUAAAUGGCAAAUGCAUCUGGGUUCUUUACUCCUUCAGUUCCAAGCCUGAGGAGUAGGUUUCAGCCUUCGAUACGGAUUUAUCGAUCUGGGUUUUGCUCCGAAGGGGUUUCGAAGAAGGUAUGGUGCUUCAGUGCAAUGGAAGGUGCGGCGAAGGUAUCCCCUUCUGAAUCUCGAGUACCCAGGCUUAUCAGUAAAGGUUGCAAGUUAGUUGGAUCUGGCUCCACAGUACCAACCCUUCAGGUUUCAAAUGAUGAUCUGGCAAAAAUAGUUGAUACAUCUGAUGAAUGGAUAUCUGUUCGCACUGGGAUUCGCAAUCGAAGAGUUCUGACAGGUAAAGAAAGCUUGAUUUCUUUAGCUGUGGAGGCAUCCAGGAAAGCUCUUCAGAUGGCAGAGGUUGAUCCUGAUGAUGUUGACCUUGUCUUGAUGUGCACAUCUACACCGGAGGAUCUUUUUGGAAGUGCUCCUCAGAUCCAAAAAGCACUUGGCUGCAAAACUAACCCUUUGGCUUAUGACAUCACUGCUGCAUGUAGUGGAUUUAUCCUGGGUCUUGUCUCAGCUGCCUGUCACAUUAGGGGAGGUGGGUUUCAAAAUGUUCUGGUUAUUGGUGCUGAUUCUCUUUCUCGAUAUGUUGAUUGGACAGACAGAGGGAGUUGCAUCCUAUUUGGGGAUGCUGCCGGUGCUGUGUUGGUACAGGCUUGUGACUGUGAGGAUGAUGGCUUAUUUAGCUUUGAUGUGCAUAGUGAUGGCAAUGGGCAAAGACAUUUAAAUGCCACUAUGAAAGAAAAUGAAAGGGAUGAUGAGUUGGGAUCCAAUGGUUCGGUGCUAAACUUCCCUCCAAGACGCUCCUCAUACUCCUGCGUUCAAAUGAAUGGCAAGGAAGUUUUCCGCUUUGCAGCGCGAUGUGUGCCACAAUCUAUCGCAUCUGCCCUUGGAAAGGCUGGUCUCUCAAGCUCUAGCAUUGAUUGGCUACUGCUCCAUCAGGCAAACCAAAGAAUCAUCGACGCUGUUGCAACUCGUUUGGAAGUACCACCAGAGCGGGUCAUAUCAAAUUUGGCAAAUUAUGGUAACACAAGUGCAGCAUCCAUCCCAUUGGCGUUGGAUGAAGCCGUUCGAGGCGGGAAGGUGAAACCGGGGCAUACUAUUGCAGCAGCAGGUUUUGGAGCUGGUCUAACUUGGGGUUCCGCAAUUCUUAGAUGGGGAUGAAUGAAACCUUCCAAGUUCUCUCAGUGUCGUUGUAAGAGAGGAGAGUUAUCCAGCCCAGAUCAUUGCUUCCCAUUCCAUGCCUUCCGCAGAUGAUUGGGGCCAUUGCAAUCGCAUAGUCUGCAACAGCUUCCUUUCACAUGUUUUUAUUUUGUAGCCUUUUAAUUUUUUUUUCCCAGGUCAUAAUGAAUGAAUAUUUUCCCCCAUUUGUGCUUGACAAACUUGAGUUUUCUUAACCUUGCUAUAUUGGGCUCCAA